GAAACGACAAAGAGAAACUAAAAACUCAAAAGAUACAAAUGUACCCAACAUCAAAAGAAAGAGAAAAAUUAAGAAAAUGGAUGGGAACUGUGAGGUGGACCUACAACAAAGUUCUUGAAAUAUUACAAGAUGAUAAGAUAAACAUCAGCGAUAAUCAAGAUGAUGUCAAAGGAAAAGUGAUAUCGCUUAAUCUAGGUAUAUAUACCUUUAUGACUGGUUAUGAUCCUAACGGUCGAGUUGUAAAGUGGGGUAAUG